AUGCAAGGUGAUGCCCUUGGAUGGUAUCAAUGGAUGUUUCACAACCUUCUAUUGUCGACAUGGGAUGCUUUCAUUAAGGAUUUGGAGGUCCGUUUUGGUCCCUCUGCUUAUGACAAUCAUCAACAAGCAUUGUUUAAACUCAAACAAACAACAACAGUGACAGAUUAUCAAAGAGAAUUUGAACGCCUCUGCAACAGGGUAAACGGUCUUUCACCUACUGCUAUAAUUGAUUGUUUUGUUUCUGGUUUGAAAAAUCAUAUUCAAAAUGAGUUAGCUAUCCACCAACCCACCAGCAUAUCGCAAGCUAUUGGCUUGGCGAAACUAAUUGAAUCAAAAACACUUGCUUCCCGACCUUACCAAACUAACCCCUCUAAGUUUUCUAAAUAA